AUGGCAGCCAACGGGAGCUCAAUUCCCUCGGCUGGCGCCGGUGGUGAAUCUCAAGUGCUCACCAAAAUCCACCAGGCUCUUGAGGUCGUCCAUAGCCCGUACUCAUCCAACGAUGCCCGUAGGCAAGCCCAGGAUUUCCUCGAGGAGGUCAAGGGAUUCGACGAAGCCCCCAUGCAAGGCUAUAACCUCGCCUCCGACAAGGCUCAAUCCCCCGUUGUUCGACACUACGCCCUCUCUCUGCUAGAGCAUGCGAUCCGGUACCGAUGGUCAACGUACACCCUAGAACAGACGGAUGCCCUGCGACAAUGGGUAUUAAGCCUUGGCCAAGCCAUCGCGAAGGAGGAUCCAGCUUAUAUCAGAAACAAGACCGCCCAACUCUGGGUUGAGGUCGCCAAGAGAUGCUGGGGCGCUGAAUGGAUGGACAUGGACUCUAUGCUUUAUCAACUAUGGGGCAUUGCCGAUUCCCCAGUGCACAAGGAACUAGUAAUGUUUGUCCUCGAGAACCUCUCCGACGAAGUCUUCACUGGGGAUGACUCAGUUGUCGCCAUGCGGGAAGGUGUGUUGAGUAAGGCUUGUGUUGAGAUCUUUACUCCAACCGCGGUGUUGGUGGAGGCCUUCCCUAACCGUCAGCCUGGUCCUCCAGUGCGAUAUGGCGACGAUGGUUGGCUAAGCCGUUUGUCCCAGUUUCUGGAUUACUGUCUGAACCAGGCACCCAAGGACAACGAGGAUGUCAAGAUGUGCAUACACAAGGGCCUAUCUGUGUUCUUAUCACUCAUGCCUUGGGCAAUCCCGAAAGCUAUCUCCUCGGCUCGCUGCGUUGAGGUUAUGUGCGCUGGGCUAGCUUCGUCUCAAGUCACCAUUCAAAAGGCUGCGUUGGAAGGUCUCCAUGCUCUGUAUUGCAGAACUAACUUCAACGACGAGGAAUUUCGUGAUCUAGUUGGCCCCAUGUUCAGAAUCGGGUCAAUACAACUAUGCAAACAGCUUUUUGAGUGGUCUGCUGUUGACCCUGAGGACGUUGACGAAGACAAAUACCAGACACUGAAGAAGCUAUCAGAGAUGUUGUCUUGCCUCGGGGACUACUUCGAUAGGAAGUUUGCAAAAUUGCCUGCUGAUACCGCCAAGGAAGAUUUCCUGGCGCUCCUAGUACAGGUUGUGCAGCAUCAGAGCCUGAUGGUCUCUAUUCCUGUACUUGUCACAUGGACGCGACUCCUCAGUAACCGCUUGAUUGGCCCAACCGAGCUUGUUUCCGCCUUCAUCCCACCCCUGCUGGAGACAUGCAGUUCGAGAUUGGUUCGAUUCGAGAACCUCCCAGAGGAUACUCAAGACGCGACAUUACUCUACCUCAUGGAAGAUACAGAUACGGUCCCUGAACGACACGCUUUCUUGGGCAACUACCGCCGAUAUAGCUCUCAGAUCAUUGAGGCUGUUGUCCAGUUGAAGUUGGUUGACGCGAUACAACACAUUCUCGGCCGCACAGAAGAUCUUUUACAGCAUCUCUAUGACGGCCAGCCUCCCUUAGACAAGCAAAACUAUUUUAAGCACUCCAUGCCAGUCCUGCGCGUCGACGCUCAGUUCACAGUCAUUGAGGCCACACUAAAAGGGUACUCCAAAUGGCGCAAGCAUAGGCCCCAAGAGCAUCAGCAACAAGGGCCAGGAAUUGAAGCCAAUCUGGAGUCAUGGUGCAAUAAGCUGCUCGAAAUGAGCUUUGAGGACCCCAUGAUUCGAAAGCGAACCCUUCAGCUGCUUGUCUACUUCUCUACUACCGCGCUCAAUAAGAACGCUACGUUCAUGUUGAAGGUAUUGGAGCAUAUCUUGAUGACCUGGCCAGCUCUCCAGCCAGAAUACCGUGCUUUCAACGACGCUAUCAAGGACCUGCAGGGUGAAAGCAUGAUCGAGUUGCAGCGAUUGGCGUCAGAGAUGCCAGAUCAUCUGCUGGGUGUAUAUGACCAAAUAGAGAGCAAAGUCAAUGAAAUGAUGUCGUCUGGAUCGCUUGACGAGAAGCGCUCCAUUGCCUACAAAAGCUUUCUCUUCAUCAUUAUACACCGAGCCACCAGUGUGGAUGCUCAGGCCAAGAUCCAGAAGCUACGUGAGUUCAUUGAUCCUGUAAAGGCUCAAUGGCAGACCGAUACCGUGCGCAACUCCCUGGAGUCGUACGCUAGCUUCUGUGAGUUAUUGGGACUAGACAAGGCUCAAAACUACAUGGCCAACCGCCGAGCACAUGAGAUCGCGGAUUGGGGCUCGCAAGAACUCGACGCUGAAGGACUUGCUCUUCAGAACGAACUCGAGGAACGACUUAAGCUUCUUCCGCUUCGUUCGACGAAGAGCUUCCUAGCCUUCUCAGUUGAGAGACUCGAUAAGUCGUCAGAUGCUUUCAAAGCCUCGUACGCUCUCUGGCAAGACGGAUUUCCAGAAAUCUUGGCCGAUCUGCUCAAGUUCCUGACUUACGCGCAUGCGUCGCAUAAACCUGACAAUUGGGUCGGACUACCAGGUGAAGCAGUGUCGACUGUUCACCGAAUUCUAAGCGAUCGGUUUUGGCAAGCCGGAAUUUCCGAGGGCAGCAAAGACGAUUUCUAUGCUCGCGUCAUGGACAAGAAGAACACGAUGGAAGGUCUCGCCUCAACUAUCCGAGGAUCCGUUCGAUUUGUUCGCGAAACAGCCUAUGCUAUUAUUUAUUGCAUGAGUCGCUUGGAACGGCAGUUUUACGGAUUCGAGGGACUCUCUGCGCCUCUCUCCAAGGCCCUAUUCUCAGACUCAGUUUGGUUGUCUACACACCAGCAGAGUAACUUGCUGAACCUGGUUAGAUACCUUGUUGACGAUUGUCCUGUUGACUGCCGAGAGCAUUUUCUUCCGCAGCUACUGGCGGCAUGCUUCCAACAAAUGGAUGCCAAGAUUAACGGGGAAUGGGAAAAGAUGCAGCGCCAGCAGGAGGUGGCUGCAGAUGGCGAGGCCGGUCUCAAGGAAGAGAUGAAAGCGGAAAGUAUUCUUCGACAAGUAACCUACACGGCGGUAUUGAUGGUGGCCGACUUUCUCGAUCCCACCAAACCUAAUGGGCCAAUUCAGAAUGGAGACAGCAAUUCGGGAGUUGACCAAGACAAGGAUUACCCUAGCCUUAGGAGGUUCUGUCUCACUCAUCAGGAGGUUGUAGAGCCUUUACUUGUCUUCUGCACACAUGGUAUUCACGUGCGAGACAGCAGGUGCUGCACCAUGAUUCUGCGAUUGUUCAUAUCGUUGGUUCCCGAGUUUCAUCUCGUGGAUGGCCAGUUGCCCAAGUCUGUGCUACAAAGCCCAAUGGAAGCACAUCUUGCGACAGAUAGGUUUCCUAUCCCGUCAGCAAUCUCUUCGGCUAUUCGGGAGUAUAUCUCGCUCGAUGUGCUGAAAGCCUGCAUCACAUCGUUCCAUGAGCCUUACUUUGUGGAACUACAGAAGGACUUGGCCGCGCUGAUCGCAACAAUUGUUGUCUACUAUAGCCCCAUCACGCCGUCACCUAGGGACGUACUUCUCUCACUACCCAAUGUGAGUAUAACGGAUCUGGACCGGCUGUCGACGUACAUGGCCAAGCCUGGUGCGCAUACUCGCCAGCAGCGAGCUCUGGUUUUGGAUCUGCUCAAGGAUCUCAAGGGUGUGAGUGUGUCCGAGAUGGGUAAACUCCCCAAGAGCAGUGGAUUUGGUGGCUCCAAUCGCAAGAGGACGAACCGAAGCAAGAUGGCGCAGCAAUUCAUGAGCGACCAGCAGUCAGGACAGGAUUCGACGCGUUCAGGUAUGAAUGUGGCUCGUCGGGCUACACCAGAUGCACUGGAGGGCGUCUCGAAUCUUUUUGAGGGUUAA